AUAUCACUUUUCUCUAGUAGCCUAAAAUUAAAAAAGAUUUCUUUGACUUGUUCUCUCUUAAAUCUUCAUCUCCUUUAUAAACUAGCCAUAUUUUUAGAUAUAUUUAACAGUAAUGCUUUUCUUCUCCUUGUGCUUCUGCCGAUCGAUCUUUGUCUCUUUUCAGAAUUAAGCAUGGAUUCUUCUGAGUUUCCUGUUGGCAGAUCUCCAAGAAAAGAGCUUCAGGGUCCUCGACCACCUGCUCUUAAAGUCCGUAAAGAUUCACACAAGAUCAAGAAACCCCCAGUAGUUCCACAACCAUCACAGCAACAACAGCCACCAACGCAGCCCCGGCCGCCGGUCAUAAUCUACACUGUUUCACCCAAAGUUAUCCACACAAACCCUAGUGACUUCAUGAACCUUGUGCAACGCCUCACGGGCUCUUCUUCUUCUUCUUCUUCUUCUUCAACCUCUACUGCUACUUAUUCAACUUUUAAUCCCUUUAAUGACGAUGGUGGUGCAAUAUCGCCGGCGGCAAGAUAUGCAACGAUAGAAAAGGCGAAGUCACCGAAGGAGAAUAGUAAGCCAGGUAAUGGCGAUAUGGGUUUCUUGGAUGAGAUAGAAAUGAGUCGAGUAAUGGAGAGAUCAGGUAAUUUGAAUCCUGGGAUUCUAUCACCAGGGCCUGCUUCACUUCCCCCGAUACCAUCAAAUUUCUUCUCUCCACAGUCUGAUCCAAACAUGGUUAGCUUCUUCCAUGAUUUGAGCCCUGUGUUUCAUGGUAACAGGAAUCCUAUAGAGGGUAGUUUCAUGCCUAGUCCUUCAACCUUCGUUUCUCCUCGCCUGACUUCUCCAACUCCAUCUAUAGACCUCUUCAACAAUUUCAAUUUCAACAAUAUUUUUGACUUCUGAUUUAAUUUCCCCCCCUCUUUUUACUUAUAAAUUCUCUGGCUUUGCUUCUUGUGAAUCCUCUUCAUGGCGAGGAUGAAAGAAACAAAAGAAAGGACGAGGUGGAAAUUUGAAGAUCAUUAAUUAAUUGCAUUUUGUUAGGUUAGCAGGUUGCAGGCUUGCUAAUAGAACAAAGUUUAAGUAUUUCUUUGUUUUUAAUUUUGGUGGGUUUUUUGAUAGGGCGAGUUUAGCUCUAUAUUUAUGUUAUAGACAUAUUUUUCUCAUACAAUUCUUUUGUCAUGUACCUUAUGGCAUGUAAUUUGAAACAAUAAUAAGAUUUUGGUUCCUCAGUUCAUUGAAAUUCUCUUCCAAUUUGAAUCUUUCAAUGCCACAUUUUGUGAGCAAAAAUGAGAUGAGACAGUUCCUAUGCACUUUGGAAGCUACCCACAUUUUUUUGUCUGUUGUUUUGUUAUUGAGUUUCUGCUAUGUAUUCGACAAAAAAAAAGAAAUUAUAGCCCAAGUUUUUACAUUGAAUCCAACCAUUGAUCAAUUCCAUGCUGGCAAGUGUUAAAGGA